AUGGCCAGCGUAGAUCAUCCAUGCUGCGUGCGCUUCCUCGCUUUCUGUAUGACUGCCCGACCCCAGCUGAUCACACAGUUUCUCCCGAUGGGCUGCCUCCUCGACCAUCUCCACCACAUCCGCUUGGGCUGCUUGGCGGUCACCGACGCAGCACUCCACCUUCCCACCUCCGCCCCCUCUUCCAAUUGUUUCACACCUUCACUCUUUGUCAAUAGCAACAAGUUGUCUUCCAACGCUGGCAGCGGUGUCGAGGUAAGAUCCAGUGAAUGCAACCUCACUUCAGCCAAACGAGUGCGUGAAGACGGCCCCAUCGAUGAUAACGGCGGCGAAAGAUCACUUGAUCACAACGGCCAAGUUUUACAGGUCCUUUCUGACACCUUGACGGGAAAACAUACCCUCCCAGACAGCAUGGGAAUCGGCUCACUUCUGCCCAGUUCUUCAUCAAGCUCCAGAUCGAGUGAACGCUUCACUCGGCCCGGCUUUCUCGUGACCAACUCUCGAAGGCCGAUGCCAAAGCCGGGUGUCAUGAUGACUUGGUGCCAGCAGAUCGCAAGUGGUAUGGCCUAUUUGGCGAGCCGAGGCAUCAUACAUCGCGAUCUGGCCGCGCGAAAUGUCCUCAUGCAAACGGAGCAUUGGGUGAGUUGGACAUGGACUUUUGCCUUGACAGUUCGAAGACGCCAUGUUGAUUGUAUUGUUUAUCUCGUUCAUUUGUAUCUACAAAAAGAAAGGGAAUUUCGAAGAAUCGCUUGA